AUGCUCUCCUCCGACCUGGACUCUGCGGAAGACAGCGAGGCCAGCGCGCUCAAUGAUGCCGAGGAAGAGGAGCAGGAAGCGGACACUCCAGCCGAGAGUGAUGUGGGGGAGCAGCGUCCAGCCAAGCAGUCUUUGGGUGCCUGCGUGUGCCGCGAAUCUCACUGGCGCUGCUUGCUGCUCUCCCUGCUGAUGUACAGCUGCCUCGGCGCAGUCAGCUGGUGCCAACUAAGCCGCGUCACCAAGAUCAGCUUCAACUCGGCCCUCACCUUCACGGCUUCCUUCUCCUCGUCCUUGCAGAGGGGACACCACCCCGGAGGUCACUCCAUGAUCUACCACGACAGCCCUUGCUCAGACGGCUACAUCUACAUCCCUUUGGCCUUCCUUCUCAUGCUCUACAUCUUGUACAUGGUAGAGUGCUGGCAUUGCCGGGCCCGCAGCGAGCUCCAGUGCAAAGCGGACGUGGACAACGUCUACGAACGCGUGGCGCAAAUGCGGCAGGCGGAGCCGUGCAUUUGGUGGAAAGCCAUAAGCUAUCACUUUGUGCGCAGGACGCGUCAAGUGACCCGCUACCGCAACGGGGACGCCUACACCACCACGCAGGUGUACAACGAGAGAGUCAAUACGCACGUGGCGGAGGGCGAGUUCGACUACGGUCGCUGCGGGAUGAAAGACGUGUCCCGUGAUCUGAGAGGGUUGGAGGAGCAUCCGACGACUCGCCUGCAGUUCACCAAAUGUUUCAGUUUCACCGAGGCGGGGCCGGAGAACGAUUACCUCAACCAGCGGGCUCGGUUCUUCUCGGAAAUCGAAGGUUUGGAUGAUUACAUGGAGGCCAGGGAGGGGAUGCAGCUCAAGAACGUGGACUUCAGGGAGAACCUUAUCGCUUUCGUGCAUCCGGAUAAGAUGCCUUGGUACACCUCGCAAGUAGCCUUCUGGCUAGCUGCUCUCUUUAUGCUCUCGUGGCCUCUGAGGGUGCUUAUCGAGUACCGCACGGCGUACGUGCACUAUCGCGUUGAGAAACUGUUUGGAAUGGACUACAUUUGCAGCAGUGACUCUCCUCUGGAUGAAGAUGGGAACGUUAGCUGCGCUAUUCCCAGAGUUGACACGCUGGACAGCACGGAGUUGGAGUGGCAUAUUCGCUGCAACCGCCAGGUGAUUCCUAGUUACUCCGAGGCUAUGCUGAUCAACAUGAGCGCGGCCGACUCGCCGCUCGGCACUGAAUGCACCACGUCUUCCAACUGCUAUCUCCUGGAUAGCAGCCCCACCACGCAGAGCUACGGGGCCCUCCAGUCGGGGAGGGAAGGCGGACGCGGUAGGACGAGGAGGAGGACCGUCACUAGCUCCAGCUGCUCUUCUCUCUUCUCCUGCCAGGGAAACCGCUUCCGAUCCCGCCUUUCAUCGGCCACGUCCCGCUUCUCCUUGUGCCGCAUGUACGGGUCGCGUCGCACGGUGGCGCUAUGGAGGAGCCGCAGCAGCAACAUGACGGACCCCUGCUGCGCGGACGAGCAGGGGCGCCGGUCGGACUCAAGCCAGCUGGCACUCAGCGACAGUCCGCCUAAUUACAGCGAUGCGAGAUUCUUCCCGGUGCUGAUAGUGCAUGGACCUGACGGGUGUGGGGGCGAGGAUGGCGCAGGGGGGCAACAGCAUUGUUACAUACGACGGGGCUCGUCAUGUGUGGAGACAGCCCUGUGA